AUGCCUGACGCAAUGCCAAUACAAGAGGAGUCCGACCAUUUUUCCCCCUACCGAUCGGACGGGAAGCUCUAUGGCUUCGUGUGUGUGGUUACCGGUGCAAACAUGCCUGUGGGAGGGGCUAUUGUGGCAGAACUGGCAGCCCACGGUGCAGCCAGCAUCUACGCGUGCACGGCGACGGACCAGCCAAGUGGACUACAAUCCACGUUAUCUAGCCUAUACCCAAAGACUAAGGUCAUUGAUUACCCAUACUCGAUCUCGAGCGAGCAGGACACCUUGACUCUAAUAGAUGAAGCGCUCAAUGCCUUCGGGCGCCUUGACGUAUGGGUCUGUAGCUCGGGUCUGCUGGGCCCCCCAUCGAUCGACCAGACGACACCAGCAGACCUGCAAAAAUGCUUCGAGGCGAAUUCGCUCGCGCCAUUCUUCGCCCUGAAGUACGCACCUCACGCGAUGCAGAAGACUAGCCCGAAGGGGAACUACGCCAACGCCGCGCCGAAGGACCAUCGCUACGGGAGCAUUAUUGUUGUCAGCAGCACGGCGAGCACUUAUGGUGGUUGUUGGGGCCCCUGUUUCACGAUGAGCUCUCACGCCGCGUUGGGCGUGGUGAGAAGUGGCGUCGCGGUGCUUAAGGGAACGGGAAUACGCAUCAAUGCGAUUUCUCCCGGGCAGAUUGAUGUUGGUGUAAAUCUCAAGGAUGGAUAUGACACCAAGGGGGCGGGGAUGGGUCAGCAGUUGCCUCCAGCCGAGUUGCAGAGCCCACAGGCACAGGCUAUGAACAUUGGCCUCGAGAGAGCAGGCAUGCCGCAAGAGGUUGGACGCGUUGCAGGCUUUCUAGCCAGUGGGUUCAGCAGCUAUAUAACUGGGGCUAAUAUGGUGGUGGACGGUGGAGCGAGUGUUAUGUGUCCUUUGAUGGUACCCAUAUAG